GUGAAUUGUGAUUUCUUUAGAGCGUAAUGUCGCCCUUGGCUCCUGUACAAUAGACCACGAGUGACUGAUGGCGCCUUUCUGCACAUCGGUGUUGUGGGACUGGGAUUACACGUGGAACUCGGAAUACCCACGGCUGACCUCAUGCUUCGAGAAUACAGUCCUCGUCUACACGCCAGCGAUUCUUCUCGUCACUUCUGGCUUCGUCCAGUGGCUUGUGCGACGACGGAAAAAGCAACACCGUUACCGCGAACCACUCUCCAGGACUCCGUUAAACCUGUCUAGAUUCGUCGCAAGUCUUGUGUUGACCCUCACUUAUGCCUUUUGGCUCGUGUACAAACUGGUUGCUGGGACAUCAUCCGGGUCAUUGGUGAUAGCAGACCUUGUAUAUACCUUCAGUUUCGCCAUCGCCUGGAAAGUUCAGGAGAACGAUCGAAUGAACGGAAUUGGGUCUUCACUGUUGCUGUUUGUCUUUUGGCUGGUGACCGUUCUUUGCAAACUCCCCGAGUGCUUCCGCCACGUGACAAACCUUUUUACGUCAGACGACAAUUUGCCUCGCUUUUCGACUCUUGAAUUUGCCGCGUGGGCGUCAACUUCUCCGGUGAUUAUGUUGCAGUUGUUUCUAUCCUGUUGGACGGUCGCCAGACAAGACGCGAAAAGGCCUUACCUCAGUGCUCCGCCAUUGUCCUUUCUUCUCUUUUGGUGGCUAACACCUUUCAUACUUAAGAGAUCACGGCGCCCUGUUCAGCUUGAAGAUAUUUACAGCAUACCACCGCACAUGAAGACUGGACGACACUACAGACUGUGGAGAGCGGGUUGGAAGAAGGAACUGCAGUCAGCGGACUACGUUCCAAAAGACGGAUCAUGUGGUGCCUCUCGACCUCCGCCUUCAAUAUUCUGGUCAUUGUGGAAGAUCUAUUGGAAACCUGUUGCUCUAUCGUGCAUUCUCGCUACUCUACGAUCCCUGCUAAGUAUCAUCCCAGCUCUCCUUUUGCAUCGUCUGACAGACUACAUGACCAAAAAUGAGCCUACUUGGAAAGGAAUUUCUUACGCCCUCGGGAUGGUAAGCGCUAACUUUGGAACUGGCCUGCUUGCUAUCCACAUGGACAGGAUAUUGAUAUUCGCGGGGCUAAAUGUCAAGUCUGUCAUGGUGGCGGCAAUUUAUAGAAAGACACUUCGCCUUUCUAACGAUUCACAGAAGGACCACACAAUAGGUGAGCUUGUCAACUUGAUUUCCGUUGAUGCCGAUCGGAUUUUCCAACUUAGUAACACCUUUGGUUUCGUGGCCACUGGAGUGCCGCUGAUCAUGAUGGCUUUAGUAAUUCUGUGGCUGUACCUUGGUGUGGCCUGCCUCGCGGGUGUUGCGGCCAUGCUCGUUAUAAUGCCCUUAGUGGCUAUGGCGGCUAGCAUCGGAAACAGGUACCAGACGAGUCAGAUGAAGAUGAAGGACAAGAGGCUGAGUACGGUGGCAGAGAUGUUGGGCGGCGUUAAAGUUCUUAAGCUGUUUGCCUGGGAAAAUGUUUUUAUUAAUAAAUGCACAUCCGUGCGGUUAGAGGAGAUAGGCGUCCUUAAAAAAUAUACCUACUUCACCGCUCUCAAUUUCUUCAUUCUUUCAUGUUCGUCUUCCAUGGUUGCCCUGGUGAGCUUUGUGACCUACGUUCUGAUAAGCUCUGAUAAUGUCCUUGACGCCACGACUGCUUUUGUAUCGUUGACCUUAUUUAAUCAGGUGCAGUUCUCUAUGUUUAUCAUACCGGACUUCAUUUCAAAUGUGGUUCAGACUGGCGUGUCAAUUACGAGGAUUAAAAAAUUUCUUCUAUCCUCUGAAGUAGACUACUAUUCAGUGGGUCGAGAACUAAAUGAGGAUGAUGCUGUGUCAGUAAGAAAUGCAACGUUUUCUUGGUCGAAGCACAGAUCCCCGUCCUUGAGAAACAUUAACCUGAACAUCAAAAGAGGUCAGUUGAUCGCAGUCGUUGGACCCGUGGGCUCCGGCAAGUCGUCUUUGCUUUCUGCAUUGUUUGGAGACAUUCAGGUUUGCUCAGGAACUAUUGAUUGCAUAGAAAGUGUGGCGUACGUUCCCCAGCGUCCGUGGAUCCAGAACACGACCAUUAGAGAAAAUGUGCUCUUUAAAAGUACCUACGAUACCGAAAUGUACAAUAUAGUUCUGAAGGCAUGUUGUCUUGAUAAAGACUUGGAGAUUCUUCCAGAUGGAGAUAUGACGGAAAUCGGCGAAAGAGGGGUAAACUUAAGCGGUGGUCAGAAGCAGAGAGUCAGCCUCGCAAGAGCAGCGUACCAAAAGAGAGACCUUUACUUGUUUGAUGACCCGCUGAGCGCUGUAGAUUCUCAUGUUGGCGCUUCCCUAUUUGAGAACCUUAUCGGACCACGAGGAAUUCUCAGAGAAACCACAAGAGUCUUGGUCACGCAUAACCUUUCGGUGCUCGCAGAUGUAGAUUACAUUGUUGUCAUGCAGGAAGGCUCCCUUGUGGAGUCUGGUACCUUUGAAGAACUUAAACAAGAAAGAAGCGUCCUUUCGAAGCUGCUGAAGAACUUUUCUAAGAGGGUUCGAAAAAUGGCAGAAAACGAGGAAACCUCUACAGAAUCGUACGACCAGUCGAAUCAUAGAGAAGAGGACGCUAGGACGACCCUUGUGGAGAGAGAGGCGGUAGAGGAGGGUUCAAUCAGUCUUCAGGUGUACCAAACAUACGUACGAUAUGCCGGACCUUUGCUGCUACUGGCCAUUUUCUUUUAUGCCAUGUACAAAGCAGUCAGUCUGUACAUGGGUAUCUGGAUGGCCGAAUGGACAAACGAUUCGCUGCUUCAAGGCGGAGUGAAGGAGACAAAUUUGCAUGCCUACCGAAUCCAGAUUUACGUUUUUCUCUGUGUAUGCCAGGCGGUUGCUGUUUUCUUCGCAAUCGCAACAUUGUGGAGAGCAGCACUUUCAGCCUCCACAACGCUUCACCAGUUGAUGCUCGACAGUGUCAUAAGAGCUCCUUUGUCAUUUUUUGAUUCCACUCCCUCCGGACGCUUAUUGAACCGCUUCGGCAAGGACGUUGAACAGCUAGAUUUCAAGCUGCCAAUGGCAGCGCAUUCCACUCUCGAUUUUUUGUUUCUUUUUGCAUCAUCGAUUGUAUUGGUAUGUAUUAAUCUUCCUAUUUACAUCUUAAUUGUCACUCCGGUUGUUGUAUGCUUGCUGGUUUUGCGUCAAAUAUACGUGGUUCCAUUUCGCCAGGUGAAAAGACUAGAGACUGUCGCGCGUUCUCCUGUCAACCAACACUUUUCGGAAACCCUGACGGGCUUGAGCAGCAUCAGGGCUUAUGGUGUUCAGCGCAACUUCCUUCGCAGCAACGACGGCAAAGCGGACAUCCUGCAGAACUGUACUGUGAACUGCCUUCAUCUUGAGUUUUGGGUAGAAGUCUGGAUGGAAGUGUGCAGUGAAGUGCUUCUGCUCUCGAUGCUAAUCCUCGUCAUCACCAACCGCAACAAGAUAGAUCCUGGAAUAGCAGGCCUUCUGGUCUCCUACAUGCUGAAGGCUGUAUCCCCGUUCAAGUACCUCCUAUUUUACUCGACCCAACUAGAAGCAACUUUGGUAUCGGCCGAGCGUUUAGAUGAGUACAGACAUGUUACUCCCGAAGCCCCUUGGUCGUCGAACAUUAGUCCGGACCCGCGCUGGCCCGGGUCGGGUGCUGUGUCCUUCAAGUCUUAUUCUACACGGUACCGGGAAGGCUUGGAACUUGCUCUAAGGAAUCUUGACCUCGACGUCAGUCCCGGCGAGAAAAUAGGGAUUGUAGGUCGAACGGGUGCAGGUAAAUCCACAAUAACCCUGAGCCUUUUUCGCAUCAUCGAGGCGGCAGCAGGAAAGAUCAUAGUGGAUGACGUGGACAUUGCAACCUUAAAGUUACACGACCUCCGCUCCAGGAUGACCAUCAUACCGCAGGAUCCGUUUCUAUUUGAAGGCACUCUACGGUUCAACCUUGACCCGGCCGGGCAGCAUGAUACUGAAGAGCUCUGGUGGGCACUGGACAGAUCUCACCUCGGGGAUGUCUUCAGGAAAGGUGCUGGUUUAGACUCCGAAGUUGCCGAAGGCGGUCUAAACCUUAGCAUGGGACAGAGGCAGCUGGUCUGUCUUGCAAGGGCUGUGUUGAGAAGAACGAAGAUCGUUGUUCUCGACGAAGCUACGGCAUCGGUGGACAUGCGGACAGACUUGCUCGUUCAACAGACAUUGAGAGAGGUAAUGAGCGAAUGUACUGUUCUGACCGUUGCUCAUCGUCUUAACACCGUUCUGGCGUCAGACCGUGUUGUUGUGAUGGAUCAAGGGAAAGUUGUUGAAGUGGGUACUCCGACGGAUCUCCUUGAUGACACGACGUCAUCGUUCUAUGCUAUGGCUCGGGAAGCGGGCGUUGUAUCUAAGUGCGUCGAAGUGUGA